UUCUGGAAGGCUGAAAGUAAAUUAUAAUGUUUAAAGACAAAUUUCUUCCCAGACACAGUAAAGCUUCACCUGAACUUAAUCAUAGCAGAGCGCGCGCAAUCUCACCCACGCGCUCUUUAACCACCACGCGCCUACACGUGCAACCUCAGCUUGCCUGUCACUCGUCCUCUCUCCUCCCCCCUCCCUUUAAAAGUUUCAGCCCGCAGGAGGAGCAGCAGAGCCGGGCAGAGUUUGACCCGGGACACGGUGGGGCUGACUGACCGCGAUGAAAGCCACGAUCCUUGCGCUGCUGCUGCCGCCGCUGCUGCUCUGCUGCUCCGCCAGAGAGGAGCCGCAGUCCGCCGCUGCUGUCAGAGAGUAUUAUAUAGCAGCUGUGGAGAUCGGCUGGGACUAUGUCUACCUGGACGAUGUGGAGCCAGCAGCGUCCGACCAAAGGAGGAGAUUCAAAGAUGUUCCUCAAAAAUACAUCAAGGCAGUUUACAGAGAGUACACAGACUCCACAUACACUGUCCCCAAGCAAAGACCAGCGUGGACAGGUAUUCAAGGCCCAGUGAUUGUUGCGCGGGCUGGAGACAGGGUGGUGGUCCACUUCAAGAACUUGGCCUCUCAGUCCUACAGCAUCAGCCCUUUGGGGAUCACCUACUGGAAACAGUCUGAAGGAGCCGGAUAUGAUGACUCCACAGCGGGCCAGGAGAAGGAGGAUGACGCCGUCUCUCCUGGAGGAUACUAUGAGUAUGUGUGGGACAUCAGCCCUAAAGACGGUCCCACCAGCAGUGACCCCGAGUGUCUCACCUACUCCUACUCAUCCCAGGUGGACACAGUCCGAGAUGUAAACUCCGGACUCAUCGGUGCUCUGCUCAUCUGCAAAGCAAGUGCCUUCACAGAUGAUGGCCAGAGGAGAAACACAGCGUUUGUCCUGCUGUUUGCUGUAUUUGAUGAGACCAAGAGCUGGUACGGAGAGGUCGGAGAGAGGAAGAGCAGAGAGAAGUUCAAGAGGAGCGCCGGCAGGAAGGAAUACCACACCAUCAAUGGAUAUGUCAACUCCACGUUGCCCGGUUUGACAAUGUGUCAGGGACGUAGUCACGUGUCCUGGCAUCUGAUUGGGAUGGGCACAGCUCCAGAAAUCCACUCCAUUAAGUUUCAGGAUCACACUCUGCAGGUGCUGAGCCAUCGUAAAGUCACCAUGGAGGUGACCCCCAUGACAUUCAUCACUGCCGAAAUGAGACCUGCUACUCUCGGUCGCUUCCUUAUGAGCUGUCAGAUAUACGCUCACCGACAUGACGGUAUGAACGCUGUCUUCACGGUGGAGAAUUGUCCCGAACCUGUCAAUCUGCCGGGACCCGACCUGCGUAAAGUCAAACACACGGACAGCAGUGAAGACUUCGACGACGACGAGGAUUUGUUCAACACCAUAAGCUUUUACCCUAAAAAACCACAAGUGCAAGUGAGAUCCAGCAGGGGACAGCUACCUCGAACCUGGAAGCACUACAUCGCCAUUGAAGAGAUCACAUGGAGCUACGCCCCUCAUCUAAAACCCACAGACAGUAAGCUGCAGUCUGGAUAUUUGCCUGCAGCUCCCCAUCACCUGGGCUACACGUAUAAAAAGGCGAGAUAUGUGGAGUACACAGACGCAUCUUUCACUCAGAGGAAGAACCCAGACACUGACAGGACACUGCUGGGUCCACUCCUGAAGGGAAAAGUCAACGAUCAAAUCCACAUCACUCUCAGAAACAUGGCCAGUCGCCCUUUCAACAUCUACGCGAAUGGCCUCACCAGGAUCUAUCCACUGCACAGAUCUGCCAAUGCUGCAGAGAAAGACUUGCGCUCCAUGGGAGUGCCUCCAAAUGGGACGUUUACCUACGUUUGGAAGCUAACAACAGAUGAUGGUCCCUUGGAGGGAGACCCCCAGUGUCUGACCCAGCUGUAUCAGAGCACCAUCUCCCCAGAGAGGGAUUUGGCUUCUGGACUGGUGGGCACCCUGCUUAUCUGCAAGUCAGACACCAUGGACUUCAGAGGACGUCUGUUGGGCCCAGAAAGAGAGUGGAGCCUGAUAUUUGCUGUGUUUGAUGAAAACAGAAGUUGGUACUUCAAUGAAAGCAUGCUGCAUUCAAGCCAAAACUCCUCUAACGUCACCGGCCCUGAGUUCUACGACUCCAAUGUCAUUUACAGUAUAAACGGCACCAUGUUCGCUGGACGUCAGUUUGUGGCGUUUCAAACUGACGUCGCCUUCUGGCAUGUGGCCUAUGUGGGCACCCAGAGUGACUUCCUCUCUGUUUACUUCACCGGAAACCUCUUUCAGCACCAAGGCCUCUACCAGUCUGUACUCACCCUCUUCCCCAUGACUGGCAUAACCGUUCCCAUGGAAAUGGAGGUGAUGGGUGAAUGGGAGAUCAGUGCCUAUGAUGGCAGCCUCAAGAACCGAGGGAUGAGCGUCAGUUACAGCGUUCUUCAUAGCUAUGAUGGAGAUCGAGUUGAUCAUGAUGGGCUUGACGAAGAUAUCUCUGAUUAUACCGAUUAUUUAGGUCUACAGCCGCGGGGCAGAAGACAUGGAAAUCGCACAGUGUUGGUUCGAGUGUGUAAGAAACCCCUCGCCAAUAACAACACUUUAUUAGUAAACGCUUCCAGCCAAAAUGUCACUGAUGAUAAAUCCCAGGAAGCUGAAGGACGGUCAGUUUGUCGGAUGAAGAAAGUGACGAUAGCACCGAGAGGAGAAGACCCUGGCGAGAUGUCUGACGGAGGAAUCCCUCAGGAUAUAUUGGAGGAAAUAGAGAGAGACAGUGAGCGGACGGUUUCUGAGAAUGGGACUGACGGAGGAGAGAGAGGAGGAAGACAGAGGAGACAAGCAGAGGGCAACUGGACAGUUGAAGACAUCACGUCUGCAGAAGAUGGAGGAACUGGGAUACAGAUUCGAGAAGAGGAUGCUGGAAACGGGACUGACGCUGGUGUCGAAGUAAAAUCUGAGGAGAGGAGUGAAAUGUCAAGUGUGAAUAACGGGACAAAGGGAGACCUUGAAGAGAGCAACGAGAUCUUGCUGAACAGCAAUCGCCAGCUGAGCGACAAAUCCUCAACUGUAGAGCAAAUUAGUUCAGAAGUGUCACAAAACCACAUUCAGUCUGAACCUGAACAACUUACAGGAGAUCUGCCGGGUCUGCAGUACAACCGCACCGCUGAUAACGACACGGCAGGGAUCAGUCUGUCCCUCCAAUACGAUGACUACAGCGAUGAGGUAAAUGGCACAGCAGACAUGUUUGCCACAGAUUACAUGGACCUGCGCUCCGGAGGGACCAAAUAUCGACACUAUUACAUAGCUGCAGAGGAGAUCACCUGGGACUACGGCAUCAGAAAACCACACCAGCUCAUCAAACCCAGGGAGAUGCGUCGAGGGAUGAGGAAGUUCCUGCCUGAGUAUAAGAAGGUGGUGUUUCGAGCCUACAGCGAUAAAGACUUCCAACAUCCUGUAGGCAGAGGAGAGCCCCAGGAACAUCUCGGGAUCAUGGGACCGUUCAUCAGAGCUGAGAUUUCGGAUCUCCUCACUGUGGUCUUUAAGAACAAGGCGUCGAGGCCUUACUCCUUUCACUUCCAGGGAGUUUAUGACCGCAGCCAGGGGGCUGGCAUGGUUCAAACCAAUCCCUCAUUUCCACCACUCGGGGUCCCAGGAGAGCCUGUUCCUCCUGGGGAGGUGCGGACCUACAACUUGAAAAUAACCAAAAAACAAGGACCAACAAACUCGGAAUUUGACUGCAAGACUGGGGCUUACUACUCCACUGUGGAUAAGGAGAGGGACCUUCAUUCAGGUCUGAUUGGUCCACUGGUGAUCUGUAAGUCCGGUACGCUCCGGAAGACGCUGCGAGAUAUCCAGGAGUUCGCCCUUCUCUUCCACACCUUUGAUGAAACUAAAAGCUGGUACCUGGAGGAGAACCUGCAGCGUCACUGUGCUCCACCCUGUCAGGCCAACACCGAAGACACCUGGUACCACAUCAGCAAUAAGUUUGCAGCAAUAAAUGGUUAUGUGGCUGAGACACUUCCUGGUCUGGUUAUCGCCCAGCACCAGCCCGUCAGGUGGCACCUGCUGAAUGUAGGAAAUGACGGCGAGUACCACGCUGUCCACUUCCACGGUUUGCCCUUCACUGUUCACACCGAAGAGGAACAUCGCAUGGGUGUCUACAACCUCUUCCCUGGAGUGUUUGGCACGGUGGAGAUGAGACCCCCCACAGUCGGCACGUGGCUGGUGGAGUGCACUAUAGGAGAGUACCAGCUGGCCGGCAUGAGGGCGAAACUACUGGUCUAUAACCGAGAUUGUGUCAUGCCUCUGGGAAUGAAGUCAGGAAGGAUCGAGGAUUCGCAGAUCACAGCAUCAGAUCACAUAGAUAACUGGGAGCCGAGACUGGCACGGCUGGAGCAGACUGGUUAUAUCAAUGCCUGGAUAGGCAGAGACAAGAACUCAUGGCUACAGGUCGACCUUCUGAGGCCCACCCUGCUGCACGGUGUGCAGACGCAGGGAGUCAGGGCGAAGCUGAGGGAGAACUACAUUACAAUCUUCAAAGUCUCCUACAGCCUGGACCAGGAGACUUGGACCACAUACAGAGGAAACAGAACCAGGAAGAACGAUGUACUUUUUGGCAACAUGGACAGCUCCAAGGUGAACUACAACACCUUUUCUCCACCAUUUGUGGCUCGCUACGUCAGGAUUCAGCCUGAUGAUUUUACACAGAAGCCUGCUCUCCGUCUGGAGCUGCUGGGCUGCGAUCUCAACAGCUGCUCUCUUCCUCUCGGGCUCCAGAGGAGGCAGAUUAAUGACAGCAGCUUCAGCGCCUCCUCAUUUUAUUCAUCUCUGCUGCGUACCUGGAGUCCCAGCCUCGCUCGCCUACAUCAGGAUGGCGGCGCCAAUGCCUGGAGGCCAAGGAACAACAACCCCCACGAGUGGCUUCAGGUCGAUUUGGGGAAAGUAAAACGCAUCACGGGAGUCGUAACCCAAGGAGCACGAUCACUGUUGACACAAAUGAUGGUGACGGAGUUCUCCGUCACUUUCAGUCAUGAUAAUCACUCCUGGAGCAGUGUGCUGGAGGAGAACUCCCAAAGAGAAAAGAUCUUCACAGGAAACAGCGAUCCAGACGACGAAGCUCUCGCUGUCUUUGAUCCUCCUCUGUUUGGUCGCUACCUCCGCAUCCACCCGCGGGGUUGGAUCAAUGACAUCGCCCUGCGUCUGGAGGUCCUGGGCUGUGACACACAGCAGGGGCUCUGACACCACCAGGCAAACCCGCCAACGCCAUACAGCAACAUUUUAGUAUCAUGAUAUAUCCUGGUUUUAAUUUGGAGUUUGACAAGCGAUGAAAAAAAAAGUUAUUUGCUAUGCAGAGCACUAAAAGUUAUAUAUUACAUGUAGCUGUUUGUGUAAGAGAAGCUAUUUCUUCUGUGGUCACAACUUUGUUUACAUUUACAACUUUUUCACAACAUCGAGUU